AUGUCGUUUCUAACCGGUACACAUCGUUUUCUUGAUCCGAAAUGUAAUGAAAUCUUAGAUCAAUUCUAUGAAUGCAUUGAGAAGAAAUCUCGAGCUGUAGGAGCUUGCGAUGGUCUACUAGCGCAAUUGUAUCGAUGUAAAAAAGAAGAUCUUGAAACACAUCGACAAAUGAAUAAAGUUGAAAGUGAAAACAAACGAAGAGAACAUACGAUUUCACGAGAUCCAAUUAUUCAGAAAAAAUUGGAAAUACUCAAACGAUUGCAAGAAAAACAAGCCGAACAAUCGAAGUCUUCCUGA